AUUUCAGUCUAACUUGUUCAAUCAAAUUCGAUACAACUCUGAGAAUGGACAAGAGUAAAGAAAUAAUUGAAGCUAAUUUAAAAAACCGCAGAAAAACUGAAAUAAAGCACAAGUUGAUUAAAGUCGACUCUCCCAUAGCAAAAUAUGAUUCUUCAGGUAAUUUGUCAUGCAUAUUAUGCAGGAUCCCCAUUAAGGCAAAUGUAUGGAAGGUACAUUUGACCUCACGCCAACACAAGCGAAAUUUGGAACUCGCUAAACAACAGCAUAUUAAUACUUGCAAUAGUUUUGAAAAGAUAACCCCAACAAACAAAGAGCAAACACCACAAAAAGCGGAAUGCAUCUCACGCAAUGAGGUUCAGUUGCAACCUAGCAAAUCUGAAAAAACUCCGCAAGCUCAAAUUGACACGGUUCAGGUAUUACCCGAGAAGUUCUUUGACCAUGAAAAGUCUCUAAACUUUCUUGGAAGCGAUCGUGAUCCAGAAGCGGAAUGGAUUAAAUUUCAACGUGAAAUAAGAGAAGCGGACACAAUAUCGAAUAAUAUAGUAUCUGAGGAGCAGGAAAGUUUGAAUAUCAAGCGUCAUCUAAAAGAAAUAGACGAACAAAUUGAAAACUGGAAGAGGUUUAUAACAAUAAAUGAUAAAAAAAACAACAUUUUAAAAAGUCAACGUAAUACAAAAACAUUAAAGAUCAAAGAAGAAUCUAGCUCUAGUGAAGAAGACAGUGUAGACACACUAUUAGAUUGGAGAAUAAAAAGUGUUCACAAAUAAUAUAAUUAAAAAAUUUUAAGUUUACUUCGAAUAAGUUGUGUACUAAAUACAGCUAGCUGUUUUAAUGAUAUCGUUAGUUUUUUACGGAACGUUAUCAGAAACUAAGACAGGCUGUUAUACGAAUAGCAGAUCAAAAAAUAUAAAAGAUAGGUAGUGUAUAUGGAAUGUACAGAUACAAAAUAUUUAAAAUUUUCCAAAUUUUCAUUCUCAAAAUAUCAACUUCAUUAAAAUAGUUAAGAAACUAAAGUUAAGUAUAAAGAUAGAGAUUGGAACUUGGGAUACACCCUGGCCGCGUCAGGACAUCUUAAAUUUAUAUGCCUACGCACCCUGGGUUCAUAGCAGUUAUGGAAAAUGUUAACACGAGUCGAAAGAAUACUGGAAAUAUAUAUUCGAUGCCUUUAUAUUGGAGGUAAUGUAAAAAAAA